AGCUUAAACCCAACUUAAUCCGUCCGUUUGCCACCUAUGAUUUAAAGUUUAAAGUCUAGACCAUCCAGUUAGGUUGCUUGUUUGGCAAGAAAAAAAAAAUGAAGUUCAAUUAUUGACACCGAACUUUAGCUGAAGGUUGCCACCGAUAGGAAAAAUAUCUAUUUCCACCAAAGUCGAGGAGAUUCGAGAAAGAAAAAUGAGAAAGAGACAAUUGUUCAAAUUUAUUUUCCAUUAACAAGAUGGCGAGAAGGCCAUUGGUUCUCAGUACAAGGUGCUAAUCAAUUCCGUCGAAGAGAAUAAGAUGGCUCCUGUUACUGAUGUCCCUUCCCUUCUUCAUUUUCCAUCUUUUUCAUUGAUAUGAGCUGAAAUAAAGCAACAAUUGCACAACAGAACAGAUCUCCUUCGAGUAAUUUAAGUAAAUUACUUUGGUUUCCUUCGCAUUCCCAUCCGUGAUUUUGCAUAUCUGGUUUGGUUGUCAAGGAAAACGCUAGAAAUGAGAAAAAUCAAUGAUGCAUUAAGAGUAUGAACAUGAAAAUUGUUUUUGGAGGAUACUCCAAUCGCAUGCCUUCCCCGACUGUUGAUGAGUAUAGAAUUGUGCCUUGCAGGCUAUUCAUUGCGCCUGUUGAGCAUGCAGUGUCCUGCACAUACACUUCAUAUUCAUAAGACACAAUAUGGAAAAAGGCUAAAAGAAAAACAAAGCAGUUCU